CCAGCUCCGUUUAGGUGCAUUACACCUGCAGCCUCUUUAAGAGCACAGAGACUGCUGCAAACUGAUUCUUCACACGAUGAAGAGCCUCGCUUACCUCACGCUUGUGUUCUCUGCAGUCCAUACAGGCCUGCUAAGAGAAAGACAAACCUGCCUACAGGUGUGUGCCACCUCUCAGUGUCCUGCCCCACCGCACGCGUGUUACUACGGCCAGGUAAAGGACGCCUGCGGCUGCUGCGUGGUGUGUGCGGCCGGGGAAGGUGAAGCGUGCGGGAAGCGCAGCAGCGGCCACCUGUCCUGCGGUAACGGGCUGCGGUGCGACUCAGGCCCGGGGAAAGCCGGAGGGUUGCACAGCCUGUGCGUGUGUGCCUCCUCCGGCCCGGUGUGUGGCAGCGACGGCAGGACGUACCCCAGCAUCUGCCGCCUGAGAGCCGAGAACAGGAGAGCCGAGCUCGGAGAGACCUCCCCAGUGUUUUUAAUCCAGAGAGGUCGGUGUGACUCUGGGGCACAGCAUCCGGGAAGUAUACGCUACAAGUUUAACUUCAUUGCAGAUGUGGUGGAUAAGAUUGUCCCAGCUGUGGUACACCUGGAGCUUUUUCAAAGAGUGCCAUUUUCCAGUGAGGAGGUCUCUGUGUCGAGUGGCUCUGGGUUUAUAGUGUCAGAGGAUGGCUGGAUUGUCACAAAUGCUCACGUGCUUACCAACAAACAGAGGAUAAAAGUUGAGUUGAAAAGUGGCGUACAUUAUGAAGCUGCGGUCAGGGAUGUGGAUCAGAAGAUGGACAUCGCUCUCAUCAAAAUCGAUCCAGAUGGUCCCUUGCCCGUGCUGCGUCUCAGCCAGUCCUCAGACCUGCGUCCAGGUGAAUUUGUGGUGGCAGUAGGAAGCCCUUUCUCUCUGCAGAACACUGUCACCACUGGCAUUGUCAGCACUGCCAAUCGCAACAGCCUAGAGCUGGGCUUUAAGGACUCUGACAUGGACUACAUCCAAACUGAUGCCAUUAUAAAUUAUGGAAACUCCGGUGGACCGCUUGUCAACUUGGAUGGAGAUGUAAUAGGCAUAAAUACUCUGAAAGUGGCUGCUGGAAUUUCUUUUGCCAUCCCUGUGGACAGAAUACGUCAGUUUCUUGCCAACUCCUACAACAGACAAGCCAGCAGUGAGCAGAAUCGAAAUUCACUACCAAAAAAGAAAUUCAUAGGUGUCCGGAUGGUACAACUCACACCAUCUUUAAUCCGAGAUCUCAAGGAACGUGAGCCAGAAUUUCCAGAUGUGAGCUCAGGUGUUUACAUCUAUGAGGUAAUACCUGGAACAGCUGCAUCCAGGGGAGGUAUGACUGAUCAUGACGUCAUCAUUGGCAUCAAUGGACACCCUGUCCACACCACUCAGGAAGUGAGCGAUGCCGUCAAGCACAGCACCUCAGUCUUUGUUUUGGUGAGGAGAAAGGAUGGGGAUGUUACGCUAAUGAUCAUCCCUGAAGAAACUGACUGAUACCACUGUCUGUCUGCAAGUAGCUGGGUUUCCAUCCAAUUGUACUGUCCAUUUCCAAAAAGCAGAAGUAUAAGAAUUAGCAGUGCCAAAAUGCCCCAACAUGCUAUUACCUUAGUUUUAUGGUUCCCUUUUAGGAGGGUUACAGUUUCCUCAUCAUACAAAAGAAGAUGUUUUUUGGCAUUUUGGUUCUCAGUUACAGUGUAAUGAAUCUUUGCCUCUUUUACUUUGCUUUCAAAAUUGUCAGAAUUCUGAAACAAUUCACAAGUCCAGAAGAGCAAACAGUUGGAUAUCAGCCACAAGUUGGAAAUUAGCACCACCAUAAGAUCUUUCAAUGAUGUAACAUGUUCAAAACACCAUAGUAGCAUUUAUAAAGAUCUAUGCCUUUUUUUUCUUCAGCUGUUCAUUAGUCACACAGAAAGUUCAGAAAUUCAAUUAAAUCAUCAGAGGUACAAAUGAAUAUUUCCAGUCUCAAGUUAUGAAGUUAUGAGCACACUGCUCAUAAUUCAAGAUUCUUUAUUCGUCACAUGCAUAGUUAUACAAGUAUAACACGCAGUGAAAUGUAACCUGAUACGCUCCUCGACUUGUACAAAAGGGGGCGAGAAGAACAACAUUAUAUAUUAUAUACAUUAGGUGAAUGUGCAGUAGUAGAUUUGUAUGCAGCAAGCAGGUGAAUUCUGUAAAAAAUAAUUUGAUUUAAUUGACAGUACACAUGUCUGGUUAGAUCCAGCUGUUUAAUAGAAAGCUGUAAGAAGGAAAUAGACAGCUAAAGUUAAAUUUGCCAAAACAGGUGUGUUCAAAUUAAUCCCAGUCCAUACAGGGAGGUCUGGAUUUCUUUCCCAGAAAUUUAGAAACAUGUUUAUGUAGUCCAUUCCAUUUGUGCUCCUCAAAUGUAAAAAAAAAAAAUUGUUUUUGCACAAGCAGACAGCGUAACUUUUACUCUGGAUAAUCCACAGACAUCACUGUGAAGAUUUAGAAGUGUUCUUGACAGUGUGUUCUUGGAUUUCUUCAGAGUAAUAAGGAUGCUGGGGUUUUUUUGGAUUAUCAGCCCAUACCCCAUUAAAUUGUGUGUGUUCCAAGUCAGUUUCACACUAAACUCUCUGUAAGGUGUCAUGGGUAUCAUUAACAUCAUUUCCUGCUCUAAUUUGUAGGCAAAUUUCCCCAGAAAUGUUACAGCAAAAUGAAAUAUAAUAAAUAGCUGUGUCAAUGUUGGCUGAAUCAUUGUCAGAAUGUGUAGGUGUUGACACAGUUGUCAGGGGCACCAUCUUAUCAAAAUUGUGCUAUUUUAGUUGUUUUAUUUACUUAUAUUAAAAUCAUUCAGAUUCAUGAAUUCCCUGAAAUAAAAAAUGUAGAAGAAAUUCUUGAAUGCCAUGAAUAUUCAGCAAGUAAACUUCCCUGACAAGGUGGGUAUACUGUGUACCACACAUUGCAGUGAGCCAACAUUUGCAUUUGCACACUUCUAUGUAGUGUCUGAAUUAUGACAUAUACAUUUUGUAGAGCUUUUGAACACACAUUAAAAAAAUUACACUGAAAAUUAUAGUUUAACAUUUAUAAAUAAUAGGACUCGUUGCCUAUUAUGUCAGUGUAGCUGACAACUAGAUUGCUAGAAGUUUCAUUACCAUCACUCCUGACAAUAAAUAUAUUGUCUUCAGGUCAGCUGUUGUAUGGUCCCACCCUUUCCAUGGUGAUCAUUGUGGGUGAAUAAGUGCAUUCAAACUCUCAAGCACAGGCAGUGUUGGGGAGUAACGGAAUACACGUACCGCCGUUACGUAUUUAAAAUACAAAAUAUGAGUAACUGUAUUCCGUUACAGUUACCGUUUUAAAA